CGGCGGGAGCAGCGGGGCAGGCAGGAGGCGGCGGUCGCUGCUGUCCGCCCGUCCUGUGCCCAGUCAGCUCCCUGUGGGACCUCCCAGCAGCCCCUCUCCAUCCCAUCUCAGGCUGGUGGGAUCAGGCCCUCCAAUGCCCCCAGGGUACCCACCGCCCUCCACAGAACCCCCAGGACCACCUCCCUUGGCCCACGACUGCCUGCCUGCCUGCCCCAGCCUUCCCCAUGUCCUCAAACUCUGUCUUAUCCUUAAACCAUCAACAGGCAGGAGACACAGGCACUGCUGGUGGGACACUGUCCCAAAGGGCUGCAGGGAUGUGCCAGUCCUGGAGCACGGACACCAGGACCAGCAGCAGGCCAGAGCACCCCUGCCAGGGUGUCAGACCAUUCCUGCCUCAGAGGCAGCGAACAGGGACACCAGGACAGCUAGGCACUGUGAUGGCUUCUUCACCCUGCCGUGAGGAGCUUCCCCUUGCUUCCCAGAGGAAUUAGGCUCUUCAGCAGAGCUCAUGUCCCGCAUGAAGAGCCUAGUUCCAGGAAGCCAUAAGCCCUCACCCAGCUUUUCUGUGCUCCCACAGAGCUCAGCUGUGCACCCCCUGCACCUCCCCACUCUGCAAGUCCUGUGCAGCUUUUAGACCUGACCUGCAGAGGAAUCCUGGGCCACCACUGGACAAGGACAUUGCCCACCCUCCUGCUCCCAUCCCCUUGCAUCCCGCAGUCAGUUCCCAAAUCUGGGGCUCUCCUUUAUGGCCAGCAGGACUUGGUGGGCUGCAAGUGUCAAACAGCAGCAGAGCCAAACUAGUAGAGUACCAAGAGCUGCUCCUCCUCCUCUUUCUCCUCCUCCUUGUGCGGUCUCACCAGGUCUCAUCAGGCAAAAGCAACUUCCUGGCGUUGCACACAGCUCCUCACCAGCUGUCAGGAAAGAGCUUCUGGUUUCAAGGGAGGAGGCCUCAGAGAGGCUUGUCCAGAAUGCUUCAGGUGGUCUUCAGCAAGGAGGUGAGCACACAGGAAAGCAUCCACUGAUGGAAGAUGAUGCAUCUGGAGGGGAGAGACGCUGUGGUGAGGCACCUUCGGGCAAAGUUCCAACAGAACAGGAAAGAACCUCCCAGCGUGGGUGGCUGGUCAGAGAGUCACCCUGCAGCCUCUCAUGGACCAGAGCCAGGACAGACUGCCAAGGCCUCCAAGGGUGAUCCUCUUCAGGAGGCUCCCUGGAGCAGGAGGGACUGCAACAGGCCUUCUCCACCUCCAGGUCAGAGCCUGGGACAGCAUUCACCUCAUUCUGCCUGUGAGACCCCGGCACGAAUGGUGUGUCGGAAGAAGGGGACAGCUCCAGGUGCCAACUUCCACCCAGUGCCUGCAAAACCUGGAGGAGAUGUGUUGAACAAGAAGGUGGAAGCCAGCUCUGAUCCUCCCCACAGGAAGCCAGCCCAGCAGACAUGGCCACCUGCCAAAGACAAGGGGGCUCCAGUGGUUCUUGCCAAAGGUGCAGCUGCUGCAGCCCCCCUGCUUGCUGUGGGAAGCCCCCAAAGGACAGAGCACCCAGCUCUGCCCCGGAGGAAGCCUUUGCCACCUGUCAGGGCACUGGGAGUGAAGCCAGGCAAGCCCCGGCGCCCUCCUGAUGUGGAUUUGGCAAAGUUCAGAGCAGCUGCACACCCUGGGAAAUCCAUCUGUCCUGCCACAGAACCACCACGGAGUGCUCAGCUGGGUCGCCUGCAGCCAGGCUGUGCUGCACCAGUACCUGCACGGUUCCCUCUGCAGGAUGCUCCGAGUGACACGGGGGAUGAAGAUGAGCUGUACGAUGACGUUGAGCCUGUUGAGCUGGCCAGGAGAAGCCCAGGCCUUCUGCUUCCUUCUGUGUCCCAGCUGCCAGUGUAUCCCUGCCCCAGAGGAGGUGGAAAUGCUGGCCGAGCCUCUAACAGGGUUACCUUGCUGGCAGCUACACUGAGAGAAUCCCAGAUCUCCCAGAAGAUGAAGACCGUAACACUCAAGGCAUACAAGAAGGAAGAGAAAAUGGACAGGGAGUUUCAGAAGAAAUUCAAGUUCAAAGGCAGCAUCAAUGUCCUGACUCAGAUGAUGGUCGACCCUGCAGCGACAGAGAAGAGGGGCGGAGUGAAGAGCCUGCCAGUGAGACGGGGAGAAAUCCUUGAUGUCAUUCAGUUUACAAAUCAGGAGCAAAUCCUCUGCCGGAACAGCCAGAGGAGGUAUGGCUACGUGCCCCGGGCCGUGAUGCUGCCUCUGGACACUGACAUCUAUGACGAUGUUGAGAUUUAUGGCUGAGCUAACCACACUGAGGCCAAAGGCACAAGACAGCACCACAGAGACCUCCCCAAGGGCUGAAACAUCAACAGCACCAGCACCUAGCUCCUUUUGUGAAGGAGCUCUGCUUCCUCUGAGACUGACUGCAAAACCACCUUUUUCUGUUCCUGCCAGAGCAGAACAGUAGCAUGGCUCUCAGCACCUGGAGCUGCACAGAUCCUGUCCCAGAUCCUCGAGUCACACCAUCACCAUAGCUCUGUUUUGUCUUUGUAAAAUACAGAAAUGGUUCAAGA